UAAACCUCUCUCUCUUUCUCAUCUUCUUCACCAACCUCUCUCUCUCUCUCUCCCUGAUUCAACUCUGAAUUUCAGGUGAUCAAAAAGCGUUCAACAAAUUUCGAGCAAGACCCAUCAUUCUGUUCGAUAUUUUUUUUCGAAAGGAUCAAACUUUCUUCAGAUAACAGAGAGAAGGAUCGGAAUUUUCUCGAGAAAAUAUCGCAUGAUGGGUUUCGGUGCUCUUUUUCUUCUUGUUCUGCUUGGAUUGGUUGAUUUCGCAGUUUCAGGGCACGACUACAGAGAAGCUCUGAGCAAGAGCGUUCUCUUCUUCGAGGCUCAGAGAUCAGGACACCUCCCUUCCGACCAGAGGGUCACUUGGCGUUCACAUUCCGGUCUUAACGACGGCAAAGCCAGUGGCGUGGAUCUAGUGGGAGGAUACUAUGACGCAGGAGACAACGUGAAAUUCGGAUUACCGAUGGCGUUCACGGUUACGAUGAUGUCAUGGAGCGUCAUCGAAUACGGUCCUCAACUCGCACUUAACGGCGAACUCGGCCACGUCAUCGACGCCGUUAAGUGGGGCACCGACUAUUUCAUCAAAGCCCAUCCCGAACCCAACGUCCUCUACGGAGAGGUUGGAGAUGGUAACACGGACCAUUAUUGUUGGCAAAGACCAGAGGAUAUGACUACCGACCGUAGGGCCUACAAGGUCGACCCGAAUAAUCCCGGGUCGGAUCUCGCCGGUGAAACCGCCGCCGCAAUGGCCGCCGCUUCCAUCGUCUUCCGCCGCUCCGAUCCCGCCUACUCCGCCGAGCUCCUCCGCCACGCCUACCAGCUGUUCGAGUUUGCGGACAAAUACAGGGGCAAAUACGACAGCAGCAUCACAGUCGCUCAAAAGUACUACCGCUCCGUCAGUGGCUACAACGAUGAACUAUUAUGGGCCGCUGCUUGGUUAUACCAAGCGAGUGAUAACCAAUAUUACUUGGACUACCUCGCCAACAACGGCGACUCCAUGGGCGGAACCGGCUGGUCCAUGACUGAGUUCGGAUGGGACGUUAAGUUCGCCGGCGUUCAAACCCUUGUCUCUAAGUUUUUGAUGCAAGGGAAAGGUGGAAUGCAUACGCAAGCGUUCGAGAGGUACCAACGAAAGGCGGAGGAAUUCAUGUGUUCGCUGUUAGGGAAAAGCACGAAGAACGUACAGAGAACGCAGGGAGGGUUGAUUUUCCGACAACGUUGGAACAACAUGCAGUUCGUAACAAGUGCUUCCUUCUUGGCCUCUGUUUACUCCGAUUACCUUUCUUCCUCCUCAAGAAACUUCCGCUGCCCUCUCGGAACCGUUCUUGCUUCUGACCUCCUUGCUUUCUCCAAAUCUCAGAUUGACUACAUUUUGGGAGAUAACCCAAGAGCAACGAGUUACAUGGUAGGUUACGGAGAAAACUAUCCUCAGCAAGUGCACCACAGAGGAUCGUCCAUCGUAUCCUACAAAGUGGACUCAACGUUCGUGAGCUGCCGUGGCGGGUAUGCCACGUGGGUCAGCCGCAAAAGCAGUGAUCCCAACGUCCUAACCGGAGCCCUCGUCGGUGGCCCUGACGCCUACGACAACUUCGCCGACCAACGCGACAACUACGAGCAGACCGAACCCGCCACUUACAACAAUGCCCCUCUUCUUGGUGUUCUCGCACGGUUAAGCUCGGGUCCAACUGGUUUCAACCAGCUUCUUCCCGUCGUUGGGCCGGCUCCAAACCCAGUUAUCAGAAAACCAGCGCCUGUACCGAUUACUAAACCGGUUCCUCGAGGGAAGCCGAUUGCAGCUCCUGCUUCUUCUGUCCCGGUUACCAUAUCACAGAAGAUGACCAUAUCAUGGAGUUACAAAGGGAUAAUCCACUACCGAUACUCGACGAUAUUGACUAAUAAAUCUCUGAAAACACUGAAGAAUCUGAAGAUAUCAAUCAGCAAGCUCCACGGCCCGAUUUGGGGUCUAACCAAAAACGGAGAUUCUUACGGCUUUCCGGCAUGGAUCCAAUCCUUACCGGCUGGCAAAAGCAUGGAAUUCGUCUAUAUCCACUCGGCGUCUCCAGCCGACAUCUCUGUUUCUAACUAUAACCUCGAAUAGGAUAAGAGAAUUUCAGUAAGUAAACCGGUUUACCAACUCGUAAACCGGUUGACCCACAUCUACUCUCAGAGAAGCUGGACUAACGGCUUAACUGUACCGGUUGGUGAGGGGAUUGAGAGAUAACGAGGAAUUCUCUAGUUUGUAUACAUAGAGAGAGAUUGAAAAGAGGAGAAACGAGGCUCCUCUGUUUUUUUUUUUUAGUUUUGAUUUCUCUAAAUCAAUGUUUUGUUUUGUGUGCUGUAAUCUCUGCAGCAUUUCCAUCGAUCAUAGUUUUUCUUUCUUCGUUACA